AUGUUCCUCCGUGGCGGCAAGAAGCUAUUCCGCACCACCAUGUCCGGCGAGAAGAUUUACGAAGGCAUCUUUGCUGUCCAUAAACCCCAGGGCGUAACUUCCGCCGACGUUAUCCGCAAGCUCCAACACCACUUCAACCCGUCCGACCUCUUCAGACCUUGGCUCGAGACUGAGCGCGCGCGCCGCAAGCGGGAGAGCAACAAUCAGCGUCGCCGCCGUCGCACGCAGCAGCUAGAUGUGAAGAUUGGGCACGGAGGCACCCUCGACCCGCUCGCGACGGGCGUCCUCGUUACAGCUGUCGGCAAGGGAACGAAACAGCUCCAGGACUUCUUAUUAUGCACAAAGACUUACGAAACCGUUGUGCUCUUUGGGGCGGAGACAGAUACCUAUGAUGUCGUGGGGAAGGUUGUCAAGCGCGCGCCGUACGAGCAUGUCACACGGGAAGCCGUGGAGAAGGCACUCGAGCAGUUUCGGGGGAAGAUCAUGCAGCGCCCGCCUAUUUUCUCAGCGCUCAAAGUUAAUGGGAAGAAGCUGUAUGAGUAUGCUAGGGAAGGAAAGGAGCCGCCGAUUGAGAUCAAGGAGAGGCCCGUGGAGGUGACAGAUUUGAGGAUUUUGGAGUGGUAUGAGCCUGGCACGCACGAGUAUAAAUGGCCCGAGGAGGCCCCGGCAGAGGAGAAGGCCGCCGCAGAGAAGCUGUUGGCAAAGGCCGAUUCUCUGCCUGCUGCUUCCGCUGCUGGUGAGGCUGACCAGACUGUCUCGGUGAAGCGCAAAUCGCCUCCAGCCGACAACGCUGACAGCGAGGAUGCGACUGCAGAAGUAAAGAAACAAAAAGUGUCCGCAGAAGGUGACGCAGCACCAGCACCAUCUGAGCAAACGGAUGCCCCAGACGCCACCAAAACAACCUCCACCGAAACACAAAAAGAUACCUCAGCACAGUCGCAACCCGAACCUCAAUCUCAGCCGCCUGCGGUGAAAAUCACCAUGACCGUUUCCUCUGGAUUCUAUGUCCGCUCCCUGGCACAUGACUUGGGCAAAGCGGUCGGUAGCUGUGGGCUAAUGAGCUCGCUAAUCAGAUCACGCCAGGCAGACUUCAAGCUUGAACCAGGCCAGGUACUGGAAUACGAGGAUCUUGAUGCUGGAGAGGAGGUGUGGGGUCCAAAGGUCAAGAAGUUCCUAGAGGAAUGGGAAGCGAAGAGAGUGGCCAAAGACUCGGAAUGA